UUUUCAAAAUUUUAAUAUAUAAAAUUUCGAAAUUUUUUCAAAAUUUUCGAAAUCUAAAAUAUUAUUAAUUUUUAAAUAUAUUCUUUAAUCUUUAAAUAAUUUAAAUAUAUUCUUUAUUUUUUGAAAUUUUCGAAAUUUUAAUAUAUAAAAUUUUGAAUUUUUUUAAAUUAUCAAAAUUUAAUAUAUUAUUUUUCUAUAUCAAAAAAUAUAUAUAUUAAAAUGUCGAGAGAGUCCGGUAAAAGGUCCGUGGAUAUGGGCGCCGUGAAUCGAAGUUUGAGGAGAGGCAAAGCUAAAGCCACCUCCGACGGUUCGACCUCACGCGGUUCUCGAGGAAGACACUACGUCUCUUCGUUUCCUACUGUCCCAGAUCAUUUAAUCGGGGACGCUAUGACAGAUGAAGAAUUCAACCAGAUUUAUUCUGGUAGAGGAGACGCGAAUCUCCCCAUUCUUGAUAGUCUAUUCGAGGAUGUUGAUGAAGCAGGACUAGAUAAUCUUGACGGGGACGAUGAGCCUACACCGCAAAGCAACGACGUCGACGUGGAUGCAGGGACUACAAGCUAUGGGCGGAGUUUUGACAAAUAUUAAAGAAGGAAUUAAAAAAAUUUGGGGGGCUCGUCUUAUUUCGAGGUCCUGGAAGAUGUUCUGUAAGUCUAAGGGUAAAAAAGAAAUAAGUUUUGCCAGAGAUAUCAACAUUAGAUGGAAUAGUACUUACAAAUUGAUUGCACAGAUCCUAAGAUAUAAAGAGGAACUUGCUGAAUUUUUUAGGGAUGAACUUCGUAUAAUCAUUAAUCCUUUUGAAUUUGUUAUUGUUGAAAAAUUGAAUGCCGUAUUAGAAGUUUUUAAUAACGCAACUCUUACUUU